AUGAGCUGGAAUAUACUUUUCAACUGGCUUAACAAUACUACCAGCAAAAAUAGAAACAUUGUUUUUGCAAGUACUUGCAUGACUAUAGUUGGUUUUAAGUUACUGCAGAGUCUGCGAACACGAUCAAAUUUCAUGGUCAGGCUAGGCACCAACGAAGUAGUCAUUAUUACCGGUUGUGACUCGGGAUUAGGCUACAAUAUGGCAUGUAUUUGCCUGCAGGCAGGCAUGACAGUGAUGGCGACGUGUGUUAGUCAAGAUUCGGAAGGAUACAAACAUUUGCAAUCUCAAGGAAAGCUAAGAGGACAGGUAAUCAUUUUUAUACUGGAUCUGAACGACCAGGAAAGCAUUGUACACACACAUCAACAAAUACGACAGUGGUUUGCAACAAAUGGUUCUGCUCAUUUAUACGCUCUUGUUAAUAACGCCGGAGUGAUGUGUUUUGGUGAAGCAGAAUGGCUAUCAACCAAUUUAGCCAAAUUGCAACUGAAUGUUAACGCAAUCGGUACUAUGCUGUUCACCAUACCGUUGCUCGAUAUGGUGCGAGAGUCUCGAUCUCGAUUGGUUAUCGUUACAAGCCACUGUGGGCGCCAAGCAUUGCCAGGAUUGAGUGUAUACUCUGCAACCAAAGCAGCACUCCGUGCUUGGACCGAUGCAGUACGAAUGGAACUGUCGUGUCAUAAAGUUCCGGUCAUAGAAUUUAUGCCAGGAUCAUUUGUGUUUCAUUCCAAUAUCUGUUCGCGACAGGUAAAAUACUUUGACGAGAUGUGGUUAAAUCUGAAUGCCACGCAGCGUACAUUUUAUCACGAUUACUUUAGCCGUUAUCGGGAAUAUCUUGAACCACUCUGUCAAAGGCGUCAGGUGGAAAACUUUAAUGAAACCGAUCCAUUAACUGUUUGCAUUCGUCGCGUACUAUUUGAUAAAAUACCUAAAUCAUAUUAUGUAUGUGAGCCGUGGCGCUACUUCUUUUAUUACAAUGCCUUUCGCUGGUUUCCUCAAGCGAUUCGGGAUAGACUUGUACGAAGGUUUCUAGCAAUGCCAGUAUUUUGA